AUGGAGAACGACCGCGGAGACCUCGUCGACCUUUACGUGCCGCGCAAGUGCGCUGCCACUGGCCGCAUCAUUGAGGCCAAGGACCACGCUUCGGUCCAGAUCGCCGUCGCUGAGGUCGACGACAACGGCCGCGCCAUCCCCGGCAAGUCGAUCGUCUUCCCCCUCGGUGGCUUCGUCCGCGCUUCGGCUGAGAGCGACGACUCGAUCAACAGGCUCGCGCAGAAGGAGGGUCUCCUCCGCAACGUCUGGUCCGCCCAGCAGUAA